AUGUUGGAAUGUGGGCGGGGACAGUACUUGCCACAACGCCUCCCCUUGAAGCAGUCACAGUUUAUCUCCAACACUUUGAGCUUGCUGUACUUCACCUGCACCGCGGUAUGGCUGCUCCUUACGGUGGUCAUCAAGUUCCCCAUCGCGCUGCACGAGGCUGAGUCCGAUCUGGAUAUUGGCCACUCGACCUAUGAGGAUGUUGGCCGGGAGGAGAUGCGGAGCAAACCCCCACGGAACGCCUUGGCGAACUUGUUGAUGAACGCCUACGCCUUGUCCAGGCUGAUGCGGGAUGGCCAGGUGGCCUGGCGCGCGCUACUGCUGACCUGCUGCUUUUGCGCCUUUGUCUUCGGGCACUACUGGCUGAACAGCUUCAUCCUGAUGGACUUCUGGUGCCAGUCCCCGGUCCUGGCCACGGUCUUCCGCGCCAUCUGCUCCCCGCUGAAGUCGCUGGCCAUGACCUUCCUGGGGUUGCUGAUCAUCACCUUUGUGUAUGCCGCCAUUGGUUUCCGCUACUUCCGGGAGGACUUCCACCACUUCUGCAACGAAAAUAUCCUGACUUGUACUGAGAACAUCCUCUACCAGGGAACUCGGGGCGGCAUUGUGGGUCUAAGCCUCAUGAUGAGCAGCACGCAUCCUGGCCGGCCCGACUGGACGGAGCGCAUGCUCUAUGACAUGAGUUACUUCAUCAUAUUCGGUGUCAUCGUGCUCAACACGAUCGUGGGUCUCAUCGUCGACUCCUUCGGCGCGCUUCGGCUGGACAUGGAAGCCCGGGAAAACGAUCAGCAGACGCAGACCUUCGUGUCCUGCAUUGACCGAAGGAGCGUGGAGCAGGUCGCGCAGUCCGCGGGGAUUUCAGACGGCUUCGAGUAUCACGAGACAUACCGGCAGAACAAGUGGGACUACAUGGCAUUCCUUUUCCAUUUGUGUGAGACGGACUUGGAGGAGCGGACAGCACGGGGGGCACUCUGGGAUGGAAACCAGACACGUCGGACAUGA